CAUCGCGUACUCGUGCGGUGCAUUCUGGGCGUGCGACAAGAUGGCGGCGCCCUUGCGCGAGUGCUGAGCAACAAUUCGUGUCGGCGAAGGAAAAAAAUUAUAAAGACGCAAAAGUAUAAAAUUUGGUUUAGUUGCACUUUAACAUUCGCCGCAGCGGAAGCAGAAAAGACGACGCUGAGGCGGAGCGGUGAGACAGUUAGAGGCAGUUAGAGGCAGAAUGAAGAUGACGAUGAUGAAGAUGAUGAUGAUGGCAGUAGUGUUCCUGCGUCCGAUACUUUACCCCUAAAUCUUCCUCACGGUUACAUUCCACUAAUAAAGUGUGUGUGUGUGCAGCAGACAUCUAAACACCAGGAGACUAUCAUUGGAUUUUUCUCGCGGCUCGUGCUUGAGAUUUUGGACGCUGGCGUGACGUUUAUAAGGAGCCUGAUGAAAAUGGACGUGGAGCUGCUUCACUCGCCCGCCGUGGCGCUCUCUGAGGAAGACGAGGCUGACAUGAGCGACUGGAACCUUCCUCUCGCCUUCAUGAAGAAACGCCACCUGGAGAAAAUCGAGGGCUCCAAAGCACUUGCUCAGAGCUGGAGGAUGAAGGACAGGAUGAAGACAGUGAGUGUUGCACUUGUUCUCUGCCUGAACGUUGGAGUCGACCCUCCUGAUGUGGUGAAGACGUCACCCUGCGCCCGACUGGAGUGCUGGAUAGAUCCUCUCUCCAUGAGUCCACAGAAAGCUCUGGAGACGAUCGGGGCCAACCUGCAGAAACAGUAUGAGAUCUGGCAACCCAGGGCGCGCUAUAAGCAGAGUUUAGACCCAACUGUGGACGAGGUGAAGAAGCUGUGUACGUCUCUGAGGAGGAACGCUAAAGAGGAGCGCGUCCUGUUUCACUACAACGGACACGGCGUCCCCCGUCCCACCGUCAACGGAGAGAUCUGGGUCUUUAACAAGAACUACACUCAGUACAUCCCUUUGUCCAUCUACGACCUGCAGACAUGGAUGGGGAGUCCCUCCAUCUUUGUGUAUGACUGCUCCAACGCUGGCAUCAUUGUUAAGUCCUUCAAACAGUUCGCACUGCAGAGGGAGCAGGAGCUGGAGCAGGUGGCGGCGAUAAACCCGAACCACCCUCUGGCUCAGAUGCCCCUCCCUCCCUCCAUGAAGAACUGCAUCCAGCUCGCAGCGUGUGAAGCUAACGAGCUCCUGCCCAUGAACCCUGACCUCCCUGCAGACCUGUUCACCUCCUGCCUGACCACGCCCAUCAAAAUUGCUCUGCGCUGGUUUUGUAUGCAGAAAAGUGCCAAGCUGGUGCCUGGAGUCACACUGGACCUGAUUGAGAAGAUCCCAGGCCGUCUGAAUGACAGGAGGACUCCGUUAGGAGAGCUCAACUGGAUCUUCACUGCCAUCACAGACACCAUUGCGUGGAAUGUACUACCUAGAGAUCUUUUUCAGAAACUCUUUCGUCAGGAUCUGUUGGUCGCCAGUCUGUUCCGUAACUUCCUAUUGGCUGAGAGGAUCAUGAGGUCAUACAACUGCACUCCAGUCAGCAGCCCCAGGUUACCUCCCACCUACAUGCAUGCCAUGUGGCAGGCGUGGGACCUGGCCGUGGAUAUUUGUCUCUCUCAGCUUCCCACCAUCAUAGAGGAGGGCACAGCGUUCAGGCACAGUCCGUUUUUUGCCGAGCAGCUCACGGCGUUUCAGGUGUGGCUCACUAUGGGUGUGGAGAACAGAAACCCACCUGAGCAGCUCCCUAUCGUCCUACAGGUCCUCCUCAGUCAGGUGCACAGGUUGCGAGCGCUGGACCUGUUGGGUCGUUUCCUGGACCUUGGACCAUGGGCUGUGAGCCUGGCUCUGUCUGUAGGGAUUUUUCCGUAUGUGUUGAAGUUGUUACAGAGUUCAGCUCGAGAGCUUCGUCCUCUUCUUGUCUUUAUCUGGGCCAAAAUCCUCGCCGUGGACAGUUCCUGUCAGGCUGAUCUGGUGAAAGAUAACGGUCAUAAGUACUUUCUCUCAGUUCUAGCUGAUCCAUACAUGCCGGCCGAGCAUCGCACCAUGGCCGUGUUCAUCCUGGCAGUUAUAGUCAACAACUACAACACGGGACAGGAGGCAUGUCUUCAGGGGAACCUGAUUGCGAUCUGUCUGGAGCAGCUGAGUGACCCUCACCCUCUCCUGCGUCAGUGGGUGGCCAUCUGCCUCGGUCGCAUCUGGCACAACUUCGACUCGGCUCGGUGGUGCGGCGUGCGAGACAGUGCUCACGAGAAACUCUACAGCCUCCUGUCAGACCCCAUACCUGAGGUACGAUGUGCCGCUGUGUUCGCUUUGGGGACCUUUGUGGGAAAUUCAGCAGAGAGGACGGAUCAUUCCACCACCAUCGACCACAAUGUGGCCAUGAUGUUAGCGCAGCUCAUCAACGACGGCAGCCCCGUAGUCAGGAAGGAGCUGGUGGUGGCUCUGAGUCACCUGGUGGUUCAGUACGAGAGCAACUUCUGCACUGUUGCCCUGCAGUUUAUGGAGGAGGAGAAGAACUAUGCAGCACCGUCACCUGCUACCACUACAGAGGCGGGAAACGUGACUCCGGUGCGAGAGCGAGACAGUCCAGCGGUGCCUCGUCUCCGCCCCGUUAACUCCUACACCAACAUCCGAGCAGCCAGCAGCACCCGCAACCUCAACAAGAGCCUCCAGAACCUCAACCUCAAUGAGGAAGGUGGCCCCGUGACCUUCUCCCCUGGUAACCUGAGUGCCAGCAGCAGUGCCAGCAGCACCCUGGGCAGCCCCGAUAACGACGAGUUCCUCCUGUCCUUUGAGACCAUUGAUAAGAUGCGGCGCGUCAGCUCGUACUCAUCCCUCAACUCCCUCAUCGGUGUGUCCUUUAACAGUGUGUACACACAGAUCUGGCGUGUGUUAUUACACCUGGCCGCUGAUCCGUUCCCUGAGGUGUCUGACUUGGCCAUGAAGGUGCUGAACAGCAUCGCGUAUAAGGCUACUAUGAACGCUCGGCCACAGAAGAUUCUCGACUCAGGUUCUCUCACCCAGUCAGCACCUGCCAGUCCAACCAGCAAGGGAACACUCAUUCACCAAGCAGGAGGGUCUCCACCUAUCCCAGGUGUGUCCAGUUCCAGCCUCACCAACGACGUGCCAAAGCCACCACAAGCCCCACCCACACGCCCUCCGUACACGCCCACUCUCGGCUCUCAGGCCCCGCCCCAUUCACACCAAUUCCCCCGAUCACGCAAAAUGUUUGACAAGGGACCCGACCAGAUGGCAGAGGAUGGAGAUGAGACUCCCGCUCACAGGAACUUCAUCAGUGUGACGCUGCAGACUGGAUUGUGUGACUGGAGCGCCAAGUACUUUGCACAACCUGUCAUGAAGAUCCCAGAGGAGCACGAUGUGGAGAGUCAGGUGAGGAAGGAGAGAGAGUGGAGGUUCCUGAGGAAUGCUGGAGUGCGACGGCAGAGCCAACGUAUCACACAGAAAGGAAUCACUCGAUUGGACGAUCAGAUCUUCAUUAAUAGGAACCCUGGAGUUCCCUCAGUGGUGAAGUUUCACCCAUUUAACCCCUGCAUCGCCGUCGCGGAUAAAGACUCCAUAUGUUUUUGGGACUGGGAGAAAGGCGAGAGGUUGGAUUACUUCUAUAACGGGAAUCCUCGCUACACUCGCAUCACAGCCAUGGAGUACCUGAACGGACACGACUGCUCCCUCCUCCUCACCGCCACCGAUGACGGCGCUUUACGGAUCUGGAAGAACUUUGCGGACCAGCGGAACCCCGAGAUGGUGACGGCGUGGCAGGGUCUGUCAGACAUGCUGCCCACCACACGAGUGUGUGGAAAAGCGUUUUGGAAUUGCAGCGUGAGUCGCGACUCUAGAGAGAACCCCGGCUGCUCGGGUUUAGCUCGGCGAGUUUCAAUCUAUCUUGACAGAGGUAAACAGGGAGGUGCAGGAAUGGUGAUGGACUGGGAACAAGAGAACGGGCUUCUCAUGACCUCUGGGGAUGUUCGUGUCAUCCGGAUCUGGGACACAGAGAGAGAGAUGAAGGUCCAGGACAUCCCAACAGGAGCAGACAGCUGCGUGACGAGUGUGUCAUGUGACCCACAGCGCUCCCUAGUGGUGGCCGGCCUUGGAGACGGAUCUGUGCGUGUAUAUGACCGCAGGAUGGCUCCGAAUGAGUGUCGUGUGAUGACAUAUCGGGAGCACGGUGCAUGGGUGGUGAAGGCUAACCUGCAGAGAGAGACAGACGGACACAUCAUCAGUGUUAGUGUAAAUGGAGACGUGCGUUUCUUUGACCCCCGGCUGCCCGACUCCAUCAACGUGUUGCAGACUGUAAAGGGACUGACGGCGCUCGACAUCCACCCAAAAGCCAACCUGUUUGCCUGUGGUUCUAUGAAUCAGUUCAUCGCAGUCUAUAACUCCAGCGGUGACGUCAUCAGUAAUAUUAAAUACUAUGAUGGCUUCAUGGGGCAGAGAAUCGGUGCUAUCAGCUGCUUAGCUUUCCACCCGUACUGGCCACACUUGGCCGUGGGCAGCAACGACUACUACAUGUCCAUCUACUCAUCGGACAAGAGACUGAGAUAACACCAUGACCUCUGACCUUUUGACCUUACGUGCCCCACGUGGGCAGGAUGUAAAUGACUUCUUGUAUAUAUGCAACUUCCACCGUGAAUGUUUAGUGAAAGCUGCUGAACUCUCGCAGUCACUAUGGGAGUAAGAAACAGUAAUAAUAGAGUCAUGAAUAUUAUUAUUAUUAUUAUUAUUAUUAUUAUUUGAGUACUUGACUGUAGACGGCUGUGCUGAGCAGUGUGUAUAUUUAAACUGCACUUAAACAGAUUCAUAUAUUUUACAGAUCAGUGAAGGAGGAAGUGAAGUCACCUCUCUUUGUAGUGUAAAAGGGGGCGGGGCCUGGGAAAGGGGCGGGACGUGCCCGGGGUUCUCUUUACUACUGCAUUAUGUUGAGAUACAAGUGUUUGAGUGGGUGGAGUCUCGCUGUUAAUAUAUAAAUCUGAAAAGUGGGCGGAGUCUUAUAACGAAUGUAUCAUGUGACAGUGGGUGCUAAAAAAAAAGGGUGUAGAUUUCUGCGUAGAAGUGGGCGGAGUCUUAUGACUAAUGCAUUAUGUGCGUCUGGGAAUUGAGAGCGAGGGCGGAGUCUGACAGACGAGUCUCAGGUCACGAGUUGUAUAAAGGGGGUGGGCUUUAGGAGUGGGUGGAGUCUGAACAAAUGCAUUACGAGAGAGCGGUGAGUCUGCAGGAUGGAGUCUGAGAUCAGUAGCCUGGAGGUGUGUGUGGUCAUGCUGUUAAUGCAUUAUUAUCUUUGUAGGAAAAAAAAGGGGUGGAGUCUUGGAGAUCCUCGAUGGAGGUCUCACUUUUAAUGCAUUAAAAGGGGCGGAGCUUUGGAGUCAAGUGUCAGUAUUAAUGUAUUAUGUUGGUGGGGUCUCAGAGUGGGCGGUACCUGAGGUUGUGAAGGUUUGUGGGGUGACGCCGAGCAGACAGCUGCCUACCACACACACACACACACACACACAUACACACACACACAUACACACAAGCCAAGCUCAUCAUUUAUACAUGUGCUGAUGUCACAAUUAUCAUAAGUAUUUAAUCACCGUUUAUUAUAUAGAGGAAAUCAAGUCGUCUAGAGGACAUUUUACUGUAUAGUAGAUGUUUAAUAUCACGGUUUAUCGUACAGAUGAUUAUUAAGUACAAAACUAACGCAUCGUUCCCUCAGAUCCAUCACCGAUCUGCACGUUUUCUCACGCAGUCGCCUCGUGACUCGUUCAUCUCGAGCUCUAAAACGCAUGCAUGUGCCAAAAGACAGACACGUUACACAGUGGAAAAAUACUCCUUCCUGAUUGGCCGGUGGAUACGUGUCAUUAUCCCGCACACGUUUUUCUGCAGGAGCUCCACAUUAUAACAUCAACAUACUGCUACACGUUAUUAAUCAGAACAACACCGACAGAGACAAUCGACGUGUGAAUCCGGAGAGCGCGAGUGAGCGUUGCACGGAAACGGAAGCCCCGCCCCCUUUCCCCGGAUCUCUCGUCUCGUCUGGAGUUUCCUAGUUAAAAGAUGUCCUACUUAACAUCGAUAAAGUACAGAAAAAGUCGGACAGUUACCGUGACAACAUCAGCGCACGCAUGCUGCUCAUCAUCACACACACACACACACACACACACAUUUAUACGCUACUUUUUCACUGUGAUUCUGUGUUCUAUUUCUUCUCACCAAACAGGACCGACUUGUGAACACUGUUGAGUUGAACGGUAUCUGUGAGGAACCCGUGAAGGUUCUGUGACGAACCCAGAACCCUGGUGUUACCUGUAAUAUCAGGGUUGUGUACUUUUUUUUUUCUUCAAAAGUCUAUGUAACGUUUUGUUUUUGCCGCUUACUUUAUAUAUCUGAGGCUUUCUGAUUAUCUUGCCCCCAUGUUUCAGUACCGUCUUUAACACGUCCCCUCACUUCCUGUAACGAGGACGAGGACAAUUCAUUACACCGAUGCUCCUUUAAGACGGUGAAAAGGUUUCAGUCAGUUGGUGUCUUUUAUAUGAUUGUUUUUCUUCAUCUGCCUCAAACUUCUUGAUGAUGUUUCAGCCGAGAUUGUCUACACACUCUCACACACACACACACACACACACACACACACACACACACUUCUUACAGCUUAACCUUCAGACAUGAAUAAAAUCACGGCAUCCCCGGCCGAUCGGACUCUGAAAGGACUCCACCCCCGACCUACUUCACGCUCACUGCAGCGCCCUCUGGAGGGGAAAAGGACUCCCUGACGCACACCACAUAAAUCUCUUGCUAUGGGUUUUAAUGUUUUAGAUUUAAAAUGUAAAAUAAGAGACGCUAGUAGAAAGAAGUGAUGCAAUCAGGUGUUCUGUCUGUGACUGUAGACUGCUUUUGCUGGCUGUGGUUUUUAUGACAGGAGAAGAAAUCGUUCCAAUAAAACCAAAUAUAUGAAUGAA